AUGUCCACCAUCGGUCGAAUCUCCAACUCUAUUCUCUCCGGGUCGAAUGAAAACAACUUAUCCUUGGCGACGGUAAACUUUGACUUCUCACUUAUUCAGAUUGAAGCUCCAAAGCAGUAUGAACCCCUGGCGUCGGCUCUCUCGACCCAUCGUCGGCAAGAUGCAGAGGAGGGUCAACCGCAUAGAACAGCCCGCAGGCUUGGUGCUCUAUUCGAGGAUGUCAUUGAGUCUACUCCGAAAUUGAUAGACGCCUUUGGCCAAAGAGUUUCGCAAAUUGUACAGACGCCCGGUAUUAAUCCCCGGGGUAACUCUACCCAUGGCCCCUUUGAGAAGUUCGUCGGUGCGGACGGAACAACUCUCUGGGCUGCUGCCACAUCUGGAGUUCCCGCUAUUGGUGUCUAUCUUCUUUCAUGCCUGCUAGCCCAAGCCUGGGAUUCAAAACAAGCAACCGCAUUGUGGGUGGAGCUAGUCGAACAACGGCAGAGAGAGAUUCAAUCGGCAUAUGAGAAUAAUCACAAGGUCUCCAUGUCUACUCUAUUCAGUGCGCGUCAGGAAAUUUCAAGAGAUGAUCUGGCACGUUGGGACAACAGCGCUAGAUCUUGGCUGCGAAGCGCCAAUCAGGCCAAGGCCUUCGAGUGCAACCAGUUGCUGCUGAUCAGCAAAACCUGCAGCUUUUUCCAAUUGUCACACAGACCGACACUUACAAGAAUGUGA